UUUUUUCGGUAAUUUUUUUGUUUUGUUUUUGUUUGAUUGGAUUUCGCGCUGACAGCCAAACAAAAUUUGCUUACUCACACAUGCAUUGCGCGCACGAUUGGUCUGGCUGCCGAUUCAUUGGCUGUGCGCUGUGGCUACAAUAGAAAUCUAUGCGGCAAAUUGUAAUCAUUUUGUUUGUGGCAGCGCAGAGGAACAGUUGCAAUUGUUGGCAAUAAUGAUUGAUACAAAAAUUUUGCAGUUCUUGGCGUUGAUCGCAUUCAUGGUGGCAUGUAGUGCGGCGCAUUAUCCCUAUGGUCAGCAAUAUUACAACAAUCACUAUGGUGGUUAUAACCAUCAAAAUGGCAAUUCCAAUAAUUACAACAGCGUUAACAACAAUAAUUAUAACCAUAACAACAACAAUGUGAACAACAAUUACAAUCACAACAACAACAUAAACAACAUUAAUGACAACAAUCACAACAUAAACAACAACAACCAUAAUAAUAAUAACAACAACAACAACAGACGCAAUGCACACAACAACAACGCGCUGUUGGCAAUAAAUCUGCCAAAAAUCUACUUGGGCGAUUUCGAGUAUGUGCCCACGCGUGACGGUUAUCGCUUCUCUUACCAACUGGCCGAUGGUACACGUCGCACUGAGGUCGGCAUCAUACCCAAUGCCGCCAAUUCGGGCAUCUAUAUGGCGGACGAGCGUGCAACAGCCGAGCGUACGGCACUGCGCAUGCGUGCCAGAGCCAAUUCGAAGAAUCGUAAAUUAUCACCGAAAUCGCUGCAAUCGCUGGCGGGCUAAAUGCCGCAAUGGCUGGGGUGAGGGACACCAGCGGGGCGUGUGUGGUUGGUGUGGAGGCAGCUUAUAGCUUUACUUGUGUGCGAUUGAUCAUUGACUCACAGCGGCGCACAGCAUAAACCAUGUCAGGCGGUCGUAUAAGUGAUCGGCAUGUCAGUUGCCAGUUGCGUUGACCUCUUGACAUUCUUUCGUGCUACAACAACGUAAAAGUAUUUUUUUUCAUAUCCACUUUUUGGAAUAAGUGUAUUUAUUUUUUUCAUUUAACUUCGGCGUGUGCGUGAUUUUUGUGUGUCAGAAUGUUGUAGUUGUAGUUGUGUAUGUGUGUGUUUGUUUGUAUUUUUUUGGCGUAUUUUAGUACCAUAAUUAGUUGUCGUACUAUUUUUUGUUGUUUUCGUUGUUGCUAAAUUUGUAGUGCUAUAAUUAGGUAUGAUUAGAAAGCCUUUGGGGAAAUCCACUAUUUCCUCAUAGCUUUUUUUUUGUUUUUUGGCAAUAAAUUCCAAAUGCUUAUAUAAUAUCAAUUC